CCGGGAAGCAGGCAGUCCGGCCUGGGAACACUUUGGAGUGACCAUGGCCUUCACGCUGUAUUCCCUGAUGCAGGCGGCCCUGCUGUGCGUGAACGCCAUCGCCGUGCUGCACGAGGAGCGCUUCCUCAAGAACAUUGGCUGGGGAACAGACCAGGGAAUUGGUGGAUUCGGAGAGGAGCCAGGAAUUAAAUCUCAACUAAUGAACCUUAUUCGGUCGGUGAGAACUGUGAUGAGAGUGCCAUUGAUAAUAGUAAACUCAGUUACUAUUGUAUUGCUUUUGUUAUUUGGCUGAGCAUCGUUGGGAAGUUAUCGACUCAAAGGAAAAGAUACCCUCUCAAAAGUCACUAUUUCCUUGUGACUGGAAUAUUCAUGUUUCAACAGGUUCAUCUUGCAGUUGAAAAAAAAAUGUAAAGUCAACAAUAAAACCAGAUUUUCUAUUUUA